GCAGGGCUGGGCGUGACCGAGUUGUAGAGAAGGAGGCUGGAGUUCUGCCAGAACGCACCCCUAGCACUGCCAGCCGCUCUUUGGCACGGAUGGUGGCCCAUCAGCCAUCCUGUGCCCAUCACCACUGCCACUGGGCAGCCUAACUGAGGAGACACGCCACGCUGCCUGGGACACCCUUCUGCUGCAUCCCUCCAUGGCGGCCCCUGUGAUGGCUCCCAGGCCUCCCUUUGGCCUCCAACUCCUGAUGCUGCUGCUGUUGUCCCCACCACCACUGCCCUUGACUGGUGCCCAGCGCUUCUCAGCACCCAAUACCACAUUCAACCAUUUGGCGCUGGCACCCAGCCAGGGCACACUCUAUGUUGGUGCAGUGAACCACCUCUUCCAGCUCAACUCCGAGCUGCAGCUCCAGGCUCUGGCUGUCACUGGCCCCGUCAUCGAUAGUCCCGACUGUGUGCCUUUCCGUGACACAGUUGAGUGUCCACAGGCCCAGCUCACUGACAAUGCCAACCAGCUACUGCUGGUCAGUGACCGGACCCAGGAGCUGGUAACCUGUGGGCAGGUGCGGCAGGGCGUGUGUGAGAAGCGGCAUCUCGGGAAUGUGGCCGAGGUGCUGUACCAGGCUGAGGACCCCGGUGAUGGGCAGUUUGUGGCUGCCAACACCCCAGGAGUGGCCACAGUGGGCCUGGUGGUGCCCUUCCCAAGCCAGGACCUCCUGCUUGUGGCCAGAGGCCUGGCGGGCAAGCUGUCGGCUGGGGUGCCACCCCUGACCGUCCGCCAACUGGCUGGGCCUCAGCCCUUCUCCAGUGAGGGCCUGGGCCGCCUCGUGGUGGGUGACUUCUCUGACUACAACAACAGCUACGUGGGGGCCUUUGCUGACACCCGCUCUGCCUACUUUGUCUUCCGCCGCCGUGGGGCCCGGGCCCAGGCUGAGUACCACUCCUAUGUGGCCCGCGUCUGCCUGGGGGAUGCCAACCUUUAUUCCUACGUGGAAGUGCCCCUCACCUGCCGGGGCCAGGGCCUAAUCCAGGCUGCCUUCCUUGUCCCGGGCACCCUGCUGGGGGCAUUUGCUGCUGGCCCGAGGCGGACGCAGGCAGCCCUGUGUGCCUUUCCCCUGGCUGAGCUGGACAGAAACAUGGAGCAUGCUCGGCGACUGUGCUACACCACAGGGGGCAGGGGCCCCAGCGGUACAGAGGAAGCCACUGUGGAGUAUGGCGUCACGUCCCGCUGCGUCACGCUGCCCAUCGACUCCCCUGAGUCGUACCCCUGUGGUGAUGAACACACCCCCAGCCCCAUCGCCAGCCGCCAGUCCCUGGAGGCCCAGCCCCUGCUGCAACUUGAUCAACCCAUCAGCGCCGUGGUAGCCCUGCAGGCCGACGGACACACAAUAGCCUUCCUGGGGGACACCCAGGGCCAGCUGCACAAGGUAUUUCUCAAUGGCUCCCAAGGCCAAGUGUACAACUCUCAGCAAGUGGGGCCUCCGGGCUUGGCCAUCAGCCCAGACCUGCUGGUAGACAGCAGUGGCAACCACCUCUAUGUCCUGACUGCCCAACAGGUAGACCGGGUGCCUGUGGCAGCCUGCCCCCAGUUCCCUGACUGCCUCAGCUGCCUCCAGGCCCAUGACCCGCUGUGUGGCUGGUGUGUCCUCCAGGGCAGGUGUAUCCGGAAGAGCCAGUGUAGGAGGGCGGGCCAGCCAAACCAGUGGCUGUGGAGCUAUGAGGACAGCCACUGCCUGUAUGUCCAGAGCCUGCAGCCAGCCCAGCGCCCCCGCCAGGAGCAGGGCCAGGUCACCUUGUCUGUCCCCCGGCUGCCCACUUUGGCUGUGGAUGAAUAUUUCCAUUGUGCUUUUGGGGACUAUGAGAGCUUGGCUCACGUGGAAGGGCCCCACAUAUCCUGUGUCACGCCUCCCCAAGACCAAGUGCCACUUAACCCUCCAGACACAGACCACAUCACUGUGACCCUGGCCCUAAUGUUUGAGGACAUGGUUGUGGUUAGUGCCAACUUCUCCUUCUAUGACUGCAGUGCUGUCCAGGCCUUGGAGAUGGCUGCCCCGUGUCGUGCCUGUGUGGGCAGCCUCUGGCAGUGCCACUGGUGCCCCCAGAGCAACCACUGUGUGUAUGGGGAGCACUGUCCAGAGUAUGAGAGGACCAUCUACAGUGCCCAGGAGAUGGAUGUCCCGGUGCGUGGCCCAGAGGCUUGCCCCCAGGUUAAGGGCCUGGCAGGUCCCCACCUGGUGCCCGUGGGCUGGGAGAGCCAAUUGGCCCUGCAUGUGCGGAACCUUCAACACUUCCGAGGCCAGUCUACCUCCUACCACUGUUGGCUGGAACUGCCUGGAGAAGUGCAGAGACUGCCUGCCACCCUGGAGGAGACCACAGAAGAUGCGGGCCUCAUCCACUGCCAGGCCCAGCAGUUCCACCCCCCCAUGUCCCAGAGAGAGCUUCCAGUGCCCAUCUAUGUCACCCGGGGCGCGGCCCAGCGGCUGGACAAUGCCCAUGCUCUUCAUGUGACCCUGUAUGACUGCGCUGUGGGCCACCCUGACUGCAGCCACUGCCAGGCAGCCAAUGGGAGCCUGGGGUGCCUGUGGUGCAAUGAAGGCCAGCCUGCUUGUCGCUAUGGGCCACUGUGCGCGCCAGGGACUGUGGAGCUGCUGUGUCCCAUGCCCAGUAUUGAUGUGAUUGAGCCCCUAACCGGCCCCCCUGAGGGUGGCUUGGCCCUCACUAUCUUGGGCUCCAACUUGGGUCGGACCUUUGCCGAUGUGCAGGAUGCCGUGAGCGUGGCCGGCCAGCCCUGCAGCCCCGACCCCUCUCUCUACCGUACCUCUGCCCGGAUAGUGUGCGUGACGUCUCCUGCCCCCAGCGGCACUACUGGACCAGUCCAGGUGGCCAUUAAUAGUCGGCCAGUGGGCAUCUCAAGCCAGCACUUCACCUACCAGGACCCCAUCCUACUGAGCCUGAGUCCUCGAUGGGGCCCCCAGGCAGGGGGCACCCAGCUCACCAUCCAUGGGCAGCAUCUCCAGACAGGAGGCAAUGUCAGUGCCUAUGUGGGUGGCCAACACUGUCCCAUCCAGGAGCCAGUGUGUCCUGAGGCCAUUGUGUGCCGUACCAUGCCUCAGGCUGCCCCAGGAGAAGCAAUGGUCCUCGUUGUCUUUGGCCAUGCUCAGCGUACACUGCUCACUAGCCCUUUCCGCUAUACUACCAACCCCCAGCUUGUGGCAGCAGAGCCCAGCACCAGCUUCAGGGGGGGCGGGCGACUGAUCCGUGUCAGGGGCACAGGCCUAGAUGUGGUGCAGCGGCCCCUGCUGUCAGUAUGGCUGGAGGCUACAGAGGAGGCGCAGACUUCAGGGACCCAGCCCCAGGAAUGGAGCCCAAGGAGGAGCUGCGGGGCCCCUGCCAUGGACACCCAGUCUUGUAUCCAGCUUGGCGGUGGCUUGCUGCAGUGCUCCACCGCGUGCUCCAUCAAUUCAUCCAGCCUCAUCCUGUGCCGGAGCCCCGCUGUGCCCGACGGCACCCUGCCAAGGCGCGUCUUCUUCAGCCUAGACAACGUGCACGUGGACUUCGCCAGGGCUAGUGGGGGCCAGCGCUUCCUGUACCAGCCCAACCCCCGCCUGGUGCCCCUCAGCCGCGAAGGCCCCGGCCGCCCCUACCGCCUCAAGCCAGGCCACGUGCUGGACGUGGAGGGCGAGGGCCUGACACUGGGCAGCAGCAAGGAUGAGGUACGCGCACACAUUGGCACAGGCGAGUGCCUGGUGAAGACGCUGACGCUCACGCACCUGUACUGCCAGCCGCCCCCGCGCGCCCCGCCACCUGCCACCCCUGGCGCCCUGCCACAGUUCGUGGUGCAGAUGGGCCACGUGCGACUGGCCCUGGGCCCGGUGCUGUACGAGGCCGAGCCCACGCUGUCCGCCUUCCCCGCUGAGGCUCAGGCGGGCCUGGCCGGAGGCGCCACUGUGCUCGUCGCUGCUGUGCUGCUGCUCACCCUGGUGUACAGGCACAAGAGCGAGCAGGCCCUACGUGACUACCAGAAGGUACUGGUGCAGCUGGAGAGCCUGGAGACCGGCGUGGGCGACCAGUGCCGCAAGGAGUUCACAGACCUGAUGACGGAGAUGACUGACCUCAGCAGCGACUUAGAGGCCAGCGGGAUCCCCUUCCUGGACUACCGCACAUACGCCCAGUGUGCCUUUUUCCCCGGCCACAGUGGCUGCCCACUGCAGCCCUCUCAGGAGGAGCCUGGGGAAGAGGGCCGCAGGGCCACUGUACGCCAGGGCCUUACGCAGCUCUCUAACCUGCUCAACAGCAAGCUAUUCCUCCUCACACUCAUCCACACCCUGGAAGAGCAGCCCAGCUUUUCCCAGAGGGAUCGUUGCCAUGUGGCUUCACUGCUGUCCUUGGCUCUGCAUGGCAAGCUUGAGUACCUAACGGACAUUAUGAGGACCCUGCUUGGUGACCUGACGGCCCAUUACAUACACAAGAACCCCAAGCUCAUGUUGCGCAGGACGGAGACCAUGGUGGAGAAGCUGCUCUCUAACUGGCUGUCCAUCUGUCUCUACACCUUCCUGAGGGAGGUGGCUGGCGAACCACUUUACAUGCUCCUCCGGGCCAUCCAGUACCAGGUGGACAAGGGCCCUGUGGACGCCGUGACAGGCAAGGCAAAACGGACCCUGAAUGACAGCCGCCUGCUGCGAGAGGAUGUGGAGUUCCGGCCCCUGACGCUGAUGGUGUCAGUGGGCCCUGGGACCAGUGGGGCCACAUGGGGCAGUGAGGUGCAGCAUGUGCCAGCCCGGGUGCUCGACACAGACACCAUCACCCAGGUCAAGGAGAAACUGUUGGACCAAGUCUACAAGGGCACUCCCUUCUCCCAGAGACCCUCAGUGCAUGCCUUAGACCUUGAGUGGCGCUCAGGCCUGGCUGGCCACCUAACCCUAUCGGAUGCAGACUUGACCUCGGUUAUCCAGAACCACUGGAAGAGACUCAACACCCUGCAGCACUACAAGGUCCCAGAUGGAGCAACAGUGGCACUCAUCCCUCAGCCACAGGACAGUAGCACCACCACUUGGGGCCAGGGCCACAACUGCCCCUCAGGAGAGAACAUCCCGAUGCUGGAGGAUGGUGAGGAGGGUGGGCUACGCCUCUGGCACCUGGUAAAGGCCACUGAGGAGCCAGAAGGAGCCAAGGUGUGGCGCAGCAGCCUGCAGGAGCCGGAGCAGGCAAGGGCCAAGGCCAUUCCAGAAAUCUACCUCACCCGCCUGCUCUCCAUGAAGGGCACACUGCAGAAGUUUGUAGAUGAUACCUUCCAGGCCAUCCUCAGCGUGAACCGGCCGGUGCCCAUUGCCAUCAAGUACCUGUUUGACUUCCUGGAUGAGUUGGCAGAGAAGCAUGGCAUCAGGGAUGCAGAAACCCUGCAUAUCUGGAAGACUAACAGUUUGCUGCUGCGGUUCUGGGUGAAUGUCUUGAAGAACCCACAGUUCAUCUUUGAUGUGCGGGUGUCUGACAAUGUGGAUGCCAUCCUUGCUGUCAUUGCCCAGACCUUCAUCGACUCUUGCACCAUCUCAGAGCAUAAAGUGGGCCGGCAGGAUUCCCCCGUGAACAAGCUGCUCUACGCCCGGGAGAUCCCUCGCUACAAGCAGAUGGUGGAGAAAUACUAUGCUGACAUUCGUCAGAGCUCCCCAGCCAGCUACCAGGAGAUGAACUGCGCCUUGGCUGAGCUCUCCGGGAGCUACACCUCUGCUCCCCACUGCCUGGAGGCUCUGCAAGGCCUGUACCACCACAUCCACAGGUACUACGACCAGAUCAUUAGUGCCCUGGAGGAUGAGCCUGUGGGCCAGAAGGUGCAGCUGGCCUGCCGCCUCCAGCACAUUGCUGCCCUGGUAGAGAACAAAGUGACUGACUUAUGAGGUUGGGCCCACCAGCUUAAGAGAGCAG